GAGAAAGCUGAAAAUAACAACAAACAGGAUCUCAAGAGUUGGAAGGACCAUUUGGGGCCAACCCACACCUGAACAAGAAUUUCAUCUUCCACAUCACCAAGAAGGGAUCAUCUAGCCUCAACUUCAAGGGUCAGCCCAGCCAAGAUCAAGGAGACGGUGUAACAGAAGGCUGGCACCAGGUGAUGGUUUCUUUUGACCACGCCAGCUCAUGAAGUCAUCUAUUAAGGUCUGGAGGGGUUGUGAUCUCUGUCUGUGGAAAGGUGUACUCUUCCUACUGAGAAAAUCAACAACCUUUUGAAACAUCAGAUGCAUUAGUUGAAAACUGCAAAAACAAGGAUAGAAAUAUGCCUGAAUGAAACAGCAGUCUACGAGAGAUGCCCUUUGCUGCCUCAAGGUUUAAUCUCUGGAAUACGUUCUUUCUAACAAACCUUGGAUUACACUGUACUUCAUUUGGCCUCUCUUCUCUUCAAGCCACUUCAAAACUAUCCACUCUCAUUAGUACUCUUAACAUCCCUGUGGCUUGGGUAAAAAGAUGGCCUAUCAAAAGGUGAAUGCAGAUCAGAGAGCCACGGGACAUUCUCAGUACUUAGACAGCGAUGACCUUCAGGCCACUGCCCUUGACCUGGAAUGGGACAUGGAACAGGAGUUGGAGGAACCUGGCUUUGACCGUUUCCAGCUUGAUAGUGCUGAGAACCAGAACCUGGGGAAUUCAGAAACUGCCGACCUGGAUCUCGAUUCCAUUCAGCCAGGUACAUCCCCCAAAGGAAGGUUCCAGCGACUUCAGGAGGAUUCAGACUAUGUGACCCGGUACCCAAGGGCAACACCAAAGAGCAACCACUGUAAUAUUUUCCGCUUUUCCAAAAUCUUUUGCACUCUGACCCUCUUAUUUAUUUUGGGGAUUGUGAUUGGAUACUAUGCGCAUAAAAAAUGCCCUUCCCAGGAUCCUUCUCCAGGAAUGUCAGAUCCUCAUCUGUACCAGGAGAUCCUUAAGGAGAUCAAAGCAGAAGACAUCCAGAAGCUUUUCAGGCAUUUGAUACAAUUAACUAAAAGUGGAGAUGACACAGAGUUUUCAGAGAAGCUCAAGGCUCAGUGGACUUCUCAUGGCCUAGAAGAGGUACAGCUUUUCAAUUACUCCGUCCUGCUUAGCUUGCCGGGCUCUUCUCCAAAUACGGUGACUCUGAACAACAGCAGCCAAUGCUUUUAUCCUAAUGGCCAGCCAUGUGACCAAGAACCCAGCAAGGAUCCCAGCCAAGGACCGCUGUUCUCAUAUGCUGCGUACUCUGCCAGAGGAACUCUCGAGGCGGAAGUCAUUGAUGUGAUGUAUGGGACUGUCGAAGAUGUAACCCGGAUUCGAGUGAUGAAAAACGUGACCAAUAAGAUUGCCCUUUUAAAGCUAGGAAAGCUCCCUUUACUCUACAAGCUUUCACUAUUGGAAAAAGCUGGAUUUGGAGGCGUUCUUCUUUACGUUGAUCCUUGUGAUUUACCCAAGACUACCAACCCUAGCCACAGUCCCUUCAUGGUUUCACUGAAUCCUGGAGGAGACCCUUCUACACCUGGUUAUCCCAGUAUUGAUGGGAGCUUCAGAGAAAGCCGGAUGGACCUCACACGUUUGCUGGUGCAGCCCAUCUCUGUGUCUCUUGCUGCCAAACUGUUUGCUUUGCCCAAGGAGCGAGGUCAGCCUGGCGCCUGCAAGCCUCUGCAGUUCCCACAGGAUGAAAUCAGAAUUGUGACAAUGAAAGUUCAGACAGUCACAGAAUACAAGAAACUCACCAAUGUUGUUGGUUAUCUCAAGGGAGCGUCAUUUCCUGAUCGGUAUGUCAUCGUGGGCAGCCACCAUCACAAUCCUUAUGGCUACAAUGGACAAGAAUGGGCAAGUGGAACCGCCAUCAUCACAGCAUUUAUCCAGGCCUUGAUGCUAAAAGUGAAAAGAGGCUGGCGACCCGAUCGGACCAUCAUCCUAUGCUCAUGGGGAGGAACAACUUUUGGAAAUAUUGGCUCCUAUGAAUGGGCAGAGGAUUUCAAGAAAGUGCUUCAGAAAAAUGUUGUCGCUUAUGUCAGCCUUCAUAAUCCUAUAAGGGGUAACUCCAGCCUGCAUCCUAUCGCAUCUCCUUCUCUUCAACAACUGGUGGCAGAGAAAAAGAAUUUCAACUGCUCUUGGAGAACAAAGUGCCCAGAAGCCAACCUCAGUUCUGUGCAGAUGCAAGGAGAUGGAGAUUUCUUCAUCAACCACCUUGGAACCCCCAGUUUGCAGGUUCUCUAUGAGGACAUCAAAGCAUUAGAGGGUCCAAGUUUUCUCUCUGAGGCCCUUUUUCCUGUACGGCUUGCAGAAAUUGAAGAAUUGGAUCCUUUCUUCAACCUUCAUGAAACUAUUGCAAAGCUCUCAGGAGAAGUGAUUUUGCAAAUUGCCAAUGAUCCAGUUCUGCCCUUGAAUGCUCUGGAUAUAGCAUUAGAAGUUCAAAACAGCCUUAAAGGUGACCAUGCCCACAUGUUCCAGCUGCUGGAGAUGGCAUCCCGCCUGAGGGACAGUGCCGAAUUGUUCCAGUCAGAUGAGAUGCGCCCUGCUAAUGAUCCCAAAGAGAGAGCCCCUCUUCGAGUCAGGAUGCUGAAUGACAUUCUCCAAAACCUGGAGAAGAAUUUCUUAGUACAGCAGGUGCCUCCAGGUUUUUACCGAAACAUUCUAUACAGGCUGGAUGAGAAGACCCACCAGUUUUCCAUACUCCAUGAAGCUUGGCAACAUGAAAAGUUACAUCUGUCAAAUGAGACCCUUCAAGUAGCACUGUCCAAGGUGCUGAACAGCAUCAAUUCAGCUCAGGUUUUCUUCAAAGCAGGACUUGAUGUGUUUGAGAGUGGCUUGUUGGGGAAGAACUGAGAAAAUUCUCAACAUUUUAGAAGAAAGUUUGUUUACAAUUCAGCAAACAAAAGCUCUAUUCUGACCAGGAUUUCUGUGAGGUUGAAGGCUUUUUUUCAAUAGGUUUUCAACUGUUGUCUAAAAAUACUAUUAUGUGUUUUAAAAUGUAUGUGAAAAAGAGCCUUUUGCACAUUUACUAUUUUUCAUACACCUACAUUUUGAAAUGUGUAAGAGCAAGUUAUAGGAUUAACACUUCAGAUUUAUCUUUUAGAAAGAAAUCUGCUGUAUUUUUAUAUACAUAUUGAAAAAAAAUACUAUGUUUUGGGGACUGAAGCCCAAAAAGUUCUGGACAAUCUUUGCUCCUGUGGAUGAAACAUAGGAAUGUUAUUUAUCUCCUACAUUUAAGCACUAUUAGUGACCCAGUUUCUAAAAUAGAAAUGGAGAAUUGAUAAAGUUGCAGUUUAAUUUCAAUGGUAAGUGUUUUUUAUGAAGAAUUCAGCUGUUUCAACUGAGUGACCAGUUGACCAAAAACUCCUUUGAAUGUUUCUGUUUGUGACAUGAAGUGCCUGAUUUUAAUCCAACUAGAUGUAGUAAUACACUGGUUACAAAAAUAAAGUUUUCAAGUGUUACCAAUCAAAGAGCCAUAAACAGUCUAGGGAAACUCUUGAGGUAUAUCUGCAUAGAACAAUUUAAAUGCAAAUUUUCCCUAAUAAGAUACAUAGUAAAGCUUUGAAUCUUCACAUUUUUUUCUCAGUUGAGUUUGUAAGAAUGUAAGGAAAGAUACAAAUCUCUGAAACAGAAGAAUAUAUGGGGAUGCCGGAAGAAACCAUUGUUACCUCAGGCUCCCUUUAAAAAGGACUCAUUACUCAGUGUUCUUAUUUGUAGCUUGAGCAACAUUGUUGUGAGGCAUUUUCUCAAAGAACAAGUCAAAAGUACUUUUAUAGAAAUGAAGACCAAGUUUCUUUUUGAAAACAUGAAUAUUUUAGAGAGAAGAAAGUUCCUUUUUCCAUCACUAAAGAAAAGUGGAUUUUGGGGAAUGAACAUGAUUGCUUUGACCCAGUGAAAAUUUUAUUAAUUUUUAAUGAAGGAAAUUUUAUUAAUGGUUCCUCCAACCCCAUCUGACCUCCUUAAUGGUAGCAAUAGGUGUUGAUGACAUCAAACGUGACUUUGGACAGGAGAAUGUAAUUUAGGGUACAGUGGUUCUGAUACUGGCUCACUGUGAGAAAUGGGUUAAUUUUAUAGAUAGGCUUUAUCUUUCCUCUCCCUCUCAACCUUUUAGAGCAACUUCGACUUUGAACUACUGUAGGAAAAGCAAUUUUGUAGACUAGAUCUGGCUAUAGAUGAACAUAACAACUCCUAAAUCCACUAUUCUCCAUAAUCUUCCAUCAUGUAACAUUUUAAACCUCUACAGUAUUCUCUUAGUCUAUUUGAAAAAUGUAUUUCUGAUAUCAGAUAAACUGAUUCCAUUUGAAAACCU